CGCCUCGCUCGUCUCUACUCCGGCUCUCUGUCCUCUGCUCCUCUGCUGUCUGCCUGAUCUGUGCCCAUGUCUUUCUUCCAUCCUGCCUCGCAUCCUCUCAACCCCUUCGCGGCAGAACCCGGCGACCAGGACCGUCCCGGCGCCCAGCAGCAACAGAGAGGAUACUCCUACCCCGAGCACUCCAUCUCCGCCUCCUCAUCCUUCUCCUACUCUGCUCGUGAGCCCUCUAUUGACUCUGAUAGAGACAGUGCUGUGCCCGCCGAAUCUGCGUCGUUGCGCAUGAAGACGACUCGAGGCGCUUUCGAUCCCGAGCCCGCUGCUGUCGUGCUCUCGUCGCCUCCGCGGAAGAAGAUCUUCAUUCGCACUGAGGAGGAACAGUUUGUUUUGCCUUUUUCAAAGGUCAACACUAAUGAAGGUCUCGUCAUGCUGCUUUCUCGGCUGUACUCACCUGAUCUUCUUCAUCGUAUCCAGAUUCGCUACGACACCACUACUCUAGGUCAGGAUGGAAACCCCGUGGGCCCGCUCUCCGGCGGCGCUGUUAUUUAUCCCGAAUACUGGGAGUCCCUCGUUGAGGACAACAUGCGUAUCGUAGUCUUUCUGCUCCCUGACGAUAACGAGCUCCACAAUGACCUCAGUCGCUUGUCUGUCUCUGCUCGCUCUUCUUCUCGCGCCGUGUCAACCUCUUCGACCACUGCUCCGGCCACUCCUGUGCAUGAUUCUGUUCUUCUUCCUCGAUCUCCAUCAUCUACCCUCUCGUCGCCUAACGAGGGUAAGUCUGCUGGGGCCAAAUCUGGUGCUCGUCAAGAUAUUGUUUCACUCUUCGAGGGCGCCGAAGGCGCUGACAAGGAGAACAACAGCACGACUCCUGACAGACCUCGUACGUAUUCUUCGGCUGUGCAGCAGCCUGCUUUGACCCCCCUCGGCGUCAGCACAAAUUCAAGCGUCGCAAACAAAAGAGCUUCUAUCCAGCCUGCGCUACCCGCUGUAGCUCCGGCUCAGACUUUGACUGCGACUCCCGCUGUGCACCCGUCUCUGCGCUAUCAGCAGCAAGUCAUUGUCAUGCCCGAAGACAAUCUUUCUGUGCGUGAUCAGAACUUGUACAAGCCCGGUAGUAUGUCGGCGCUCACUCCGGAUGAGGUUGCUUUGAAAGCAGCUACCGAGCCCUUCUCUCUCACGUACCAAGGAUGCAUCACUCUGCUUGCGCGUAUGCUACCCGAGAAGCGUCAUCUGACGCACCCGCGGCUGAGCCCAAACAUCGUCACCAUCAGGCCCUGCCAUGAGAAUACCCUCUGGGUGUUUUGCGUCGUUCAACACACACUGCAUCCCGUUAGUGUGCGCGCGUUUGAGACUAUCGAUAUCGAGGAACUCAUUCUUCGUGUUCUACCCCCCGAGGUUUCCAUUGACUCUGUAGUCGUGCUCUGGCGCAACAUGAAGUUUGGAGGUGAGGGUCUUCCUUCCUACACCUACAAUGCUAAGAAGGAAACGCGCGGAACAGGCGGACGCAACAUGUGGAAGAAGAACCUGGCCGUUUUAGCUGCCAAGAACGCCGAAGUCUUUGUGGUUGUCUACCAGGGAUCCGACUGUAACUGGGGCCGCGCUCCGCAGCAGCGACGAAAGCUUGAGAUCUGCGAGGCGCAGGAGGUUGAGGUUGAUACUCUCGACAGCACUACGAGCAAGCAGGUGCAGAAAUCAGGCUCUGGUAGUGCUGCUGCAAAGAGCCAGACGCCGAACCGUCGGGCGGAGCAGAUGUCUUCUACCAGAGUUGGUUGAAGUUACUCUAGUUUUUAAGAUCUGUUCUGUUUUUAUGUAUGUUUAUCGUGUUUGAUUUUCAUUUCGUCUUUGAUGUUUUUUAGUUUAUGCAUUGGCUUGUUAAGCAAUGUGUGUGUUUGAUAUUUCUGCGUCACCAGAGUAUACGAGUAAUUUGACGCUUCUUAUCUUUCAAGCAAUCAAGUAGUCCUUACUAUACCAACAAUAAUCUCGC